AUGGCUAAGAAGAUCUGUCGCGAUUUUGCUACAAAGGGCUCCUGUCGAUUUAAUCCUUGUCGGUUCGAACAUGACUCCCAGAGUCGCAGCAGUAGACAGCCCCAGCAGAGAAAGAAUGGCGACAGAGAUGAGUUUGCUGCAUUUGGGGGCUGGAAGGCACAAGCGUCUAGUGGCUAUCUCGGUCGUUCAAUGGGAAUACCUACACGACUGGGUCCAUUCUUCAAAGAGGCUAGAAGGCUCAUUGAUACCGAUGAGAGUACCCGCCAAAAUGUCAUCCGACAACUAUCCACCGAAGGAGGCCUGAGACCAAUCCAGGAAUUGAUCGAACGCGAAUUCUCGUCACUGUCAACUUCACAAAAGAAGGCAAUAUUUGAGGAUGGUAUGGUUGCAUUUCUGGAAAUUAUUACAUCUCCAGACGUCCUUGCAUCUUUGGUUCUGGAACAGGCUGUUGUCACUAUCUACAACUGCAUCUUUGGACCUGGAGGUCGUCGGGCAGGACCUCUUCUGGUGUUUCUGGCAGAUAUUGUUGCGAUGGAGAUCGUGGAAGAUCAAGGUUUCGCGGCUACUCAUCUUGAACUCUCUCUGCGGGCCUUUUCUCAAAUUAUCGGACUCAACUCAACCGCGUUCGUCCAAUAUUCCUUGCAGCUCCCAGCAGAACGAUUUGCAGAUCUUCUCACUACUCUUCAUGCGUUGGACGGUGAUUGCUCUCUUUAUCAAUCACUUCAAUACUUGGAGGUCAUACAGCGCCGCCUUGAUAUUGGUCUUUCUUUGCCAAAUUUGAUGCAAGGACAUAAAACCACCAUCAAACCUACCCAGGCGCCCACUGAAUUCAUCACCCAGAAGGAUCCACCUGGUGGACGCCACGACAAUGACUACGCGGACAUUUCCAGAAUUAAGAUCAUGCCAACCUUUGAGGAGAUGUCUAGUUCACGGGCAGAGUACCUUCCUGUAAAGGAUUCUCGAAAAUGGCAUCUCAAUGGAGUAGCCGGAGUGCUUGACAGAAAUUUCCGUCUUCUCAGAGAAGACACAAUCGGUCAGCUCCGAGAUGUGAUCCAUGCUGAGCUCCAGAUGGGUACGCGCCAGGGCAAUCGUAGAAGCCAAACGAGAACCCAUGUGUACAGGCAAGUCACUGUGCAAGCCCUGGACCUCCAUCGGUUCUCUGGAUUGCAGUUCCUAGUGACAUUCACCCAACCGCAAAACAUUCGUGAGUUUGAUAAGAAAAGGAAAGAAGAGUGGUGGAAACUCUCCAAACGUCUCCAGCCAAGUGCGCUUGUGUGUCUUCUUGACCCUAAGGGCUUCGCAAUCUUCUGCACGGUGGCAGGCGCGGAUCGGUCCUACGGGAAAGAAAAUUCCAAGGCAGGGAAGUGGAAGAUACCGCCGUCUCUCUCGGAGAAUUCUAAAACAGCCUCCAUCAUCCUGGAACUAGUAGAGCCCACUGCAGAGAAUUGGCAAUAUAUCUUCGAUUGCCAGGCUGCAAAGAAUGCAAGACAGCAUCUGCCAAUUUCACUUGUCGAGUUUCCGGGUAUUCUUCUACCAUCCUUCCAGCCAACACUCAUGGCUCUUCAAAAGAUGCAACAGGCUGCGGAUGUUCCUAUGUCGGAGUUUCUUGCAGCCGACAACUUGAACUCGCAGGUUAUCAUGACUGAAAUUCCACCUCCAAUCUAUGCGACCUCUCCGGGCUUCGCUUUCGACCUCAAGUGUCUCAUGAAUGACGGGUCUAGUCUUGAGGUCAAGCACUCUCAGCCUGUAGAUAUCGAAGGACUCCAGCAACACUCUACUCUUGAUGAUGCACAAGCAGUGGCCUUGGUCAGAACUUUACAGCGUCGGGUCGGGUGUAUUCAGGGUCCACCAGGCACUGGAAAGAGCUACACCGGAGUGGCACUCAUCAAGGUUCUGCUUGCGAACAAGGCUAAGGUCAGAACAGGGCUCGGACCGAUCGUUUGUGUGUGUUACACAAAUCAUGCACUUGAUCAGCUUCUUGAAGACAUUCUGGAAAACAAGAUUACCUCCCAGAUUAUUCGCAUUGGGUCUCAAUCUAAGUCGGAGAGGUUAGAGCCGUUCAAUCUCCGAACAGUUGUUCGAGAAGUUGAGAAGACACGACUGGAGAAGAAGGGUCAGUGGGAACUGCAUAACAAGUUCGAAACACAUGACGAGGACUUUCAGAAGCUUCAUCUCAACUCAUCCGGCUCUGAUGCAAGUCUCAAAUAUUAUCUGCAAUAUUUCCACCCUCAAUACCAUCGUCAGUUCUUUGAAGUGGAUGAAGAUAAAUGGAAGCGGCAAUCAAAUUUAGAUCCAAGCCAAACAAUACGGUCUUGGUUGAAAGGCGGAAAGACAAGCACGGAUCCACCACGCAGCAUAGAUCAGCUUUAUCACGUCCACGUAGACGCGAUGACUGCUCAGGAGCGCGAAACCCUGUAUGACUGGUGGGUCAAAAACCAGACAGAGGGGGUAAAUGAUCGAGCUCAGGGAAUAUUCACGGCACAUGCUGAUACUAAGGCUUCGUGGGAUCAAAUCAGAGAUGAACUGGAUUUGCGAUGCCUCCGCGGUGCAGAUGUUAUUGGCAUAACCACAACAGGGUUAGCUCGUAACUUGAACAUGCUUCGUCGACUGAAGUCAAAGGUUCUAAUUUGCGAGGAGGCUGGUGAGGUGAUGGAAGCUCAUAUGUUGACAUCUUUGCUUCCAUCGGUGGAACACCUCAUACUAAUUGGUGACCAUCAACAACUCCGGCCCCAGAUUCAGAACUAUGAACUUUCUCGGGAAAGUCACGAAGGAAAACAGUAUGCACUAGAUCGAUCACUCUUUGAAAGACUUGUUGAGCCCGAUGAGGAAGCUGGGGUUCAGAUUCCGUUUUGCACUCUGGAAACUCAACGACGAAUGGAUCCCUCGAUAUCUCGUCUCAUUCGUGAGACUUUGUACCCAAAGCUACAAGAUUCUCUGUCAGUCAUGCAAUACCCAGAUGUUGUGGGAAUGCGGAAAAGACUGUUCUGGUUUGAUCACCGUCAUCCAGAGGCUGGUGCCAUGAGUCAUGACCCAACGGCUACUUCGCACUGGAAUGACCACGAAAUCGAUAUGACGGUUGCCCUGGUUGAUCAUCUUCUCAAGCAAGGAGUCUAUCAGAGCGGAGACAUUGCCGUGCUCACACCCUACCUUGGCCAGCUGCAUCGUAUGCGGCGAAAGCUAGCACAGUCAUACACUAUCACCCUUGGUGAAAGGGAUCAGGAGGACUUGGACAAUGCAGGCUUCACAUCAGAACACGAACAGCAAAAGGCAAUUGUAACUAAAUCAACUCUCCUUCAGACUCUCAGAGUUGCAACCGUCGACAACUUCCAAGGCGAAGAGGCAAAGGUCGUGGUUAUUUCUCUCGUGAGAAGUAACAACCAGAACCGGUGUGGGUUCCUCCGAACUCCAAACCGAAUCAAUGUCCUCUUGUCUCGCGCUAAGCAUGGUAUGUAUAUCAUUGGCAAUUCGGAGACCUCGAAAAAUGUUCAGAUGUGGGGAAAGGUACUUGAUAUGCUGGAACAAGAUGGGAAUCUCGGUCCCCACUUGGAACUGACUUGUCCUCGUCAUCCCGAUACACCCAUUGAAGUGACAGAGCCAGAGCAUUUUCAACAAUUCUCUCCAGAGGGCGGCUGUAGCCUACAAUGUGGGAAGCGUCUUCAAUGUGGACAUCCUUGCAAGCAGAAGUGUCAUUCCGAGAUGCUGCACAAGACUGCCUAUUGCCCGGAACCUUGUCCUCGCCCUCGGAAGGGUUGUACACAUCCCUGCCCGAAGUUCUGCGGAGACAAGUGCCCCACAAAAUGUAUCGUUCCUGUUGUGGACUUACAGCGGGUUCUUUCUUGUGGUCAUCCAAUGGUUACACUUCCAUGUUGGCAGGCACAAGAUCUUACCACAGUCAAGUGUCAGAUCGUUGUUGAAAAGCAAGUUCCACAUUGUGAACACACUGUCAAGACUGCAUGUCAUGUCGAUGUGAAUGAUGAUGGCUACAUUCGGUGGUCGACCAUAUUAGAUGCACGCAAAAGUGCGGAAGGGGGUACUCUACGUGUUCUCAUGCUUGUUUGGCCGAAUGCCAUGAGGAGGCGGCAUGUCCUCCAUGUACUUCACCAUGCGAUGUUCAAUGUGGACAUUCCCGAUGUCCUCAAAAAUGCUCGGAGCCAUGCCCACCCUGUGCGGUCGAGAAGUGCCUCUCUUCGUGUCCUCACAGUAGUUGCUCGAUGCCCUGUGCCGCACCCUGUGAUCACGUACCGUGUUCCUUGCGCUGCGAAAAGCUUCUUCCGUGUGGCCAUCAAUGCCCUUCAGUGUGUGGUGAAACCUGUCCCUCUGAGACGCACUGUCAGACCUGCGGAUCUUCCGAAAUCAAAGAGACCAUAG